GACCCGGGGAGAGACCCCUGAUGUCGAUGCUGUUGGUCGCUGGGCUGCUCCUUCUAUCGGGGAUCAGCGGGGGUUCAGCAUCGCCUUGGAGACCAUGCACAGAUCUGCUCCCGCUGGACCUCCUGUCCCACGCCCUCCCCCAGGAGGGGGGCUCUGUGAGGGGGGUGCGCAUGGUUCAGGACGGGGGGGCCCGGGGCCUUCGCUUCACUGGCCCCCCCUCGGCGCUCAGCUUCCCCGCCUCGAAGCUCUUCGUCAACUGCCACUUCUUCCCGCGGGAGUUCUCCAUUGUGGUCACGCUCAAAGUGGCACGCAUCGCCCCGAAGAAGAGUGAGUACAUCUUCUCUCUGCUGGAGGAGGGCUCUGAUAGGCUGCUGAUGGGUCUGCGUUUCUCCCAGAACCACCUGCGCUUCCUGUUCCUGACCCCGGCGGGGGGGCGGAGCCUGUCCUUCCGCUCCGUGCGAUUGGCCGAUGGCGGCUGGCACACGCUGGCCCUCGCGGUGUCUGGAGUCCACGCCACGCUCACGCUGGACUGCGGCCUGCCCCUGGACCUCGUGGACGGGCCAGCGUUCCCCCAGGCCCUCAGCACGCGGGGCGGCCGGUUCUACGUGGCCAGCAGGAGGCGCUGGAAAGGCCUGUUCUCCGGGCUGGUGCAGCAGCUGGUUCUGGUCCCCGGCUCUGACGCCACCUCACGCAUCUGCCCCUCCUCCAACCCGAGGCUGGCCACCCUGUCUGUCCCACCCGCCCUCCUGCAGCUGCCCAGCACACCGCCCGCCAAACAGGCCCUGCCCUACCCCUAUGAGGCGGACAUGCGCGUGACUCUGGGGACGCGGCCUGUCUGCAGUCAGCCGGAGCAGGGGCAGCUGUGGUUCGACACCCUGAGGAGGGGGCUCUUCCUGUGCGACGGGGGGGCCUGGGCCUCCAUGCUGCAAGAGAAAGAGAGGCUGGACUAUGUGGAAGAACACCAGGACCUCUACACCAACUCCCAGACGUUCGACGCUGAGGUCUUCCACAUUCCAGACGUGGGCCUGUUUGUGGCGACCGCCAACCGGGAUUCCCAGCUGGGAUCCGGGAUUUACAAGUGGACUGACGGAAAGCUGGAGUCGUACCAGAACAUCAGCACGGCAGAGGCCAUGGCCUGGAAAUACUUCACCGUGGACAAGAAGAGGUUUCUGGUGGUGGCGAAUUCGCGUGGGAGGCGUGACGGGGAGCCGGAGCUGUCCGUGAUCUACAGGUGGAGCGCGGGCAGGAGGAGGUUCCUGCCCUACCAGUCUCUAGAGACGCACAGCGCCAGGGACUGGGAGGCCUUCCGCAUCCAGGGGGAGCACUUCCUCGCUGUGGCCAAUCACAGACAAGGAGACAGCAACCAUAACAUUAACAGUGUGAUCUACAAGUGGGACCCGGGCAGGAAGGCCUUCGAGGUGAACCAGACCAUCCUGACCUCCGGAGCGUACGACUGGGAGUUCUUCACGGCCGGGUCGUACCACUUCCUGGUGGUGGCCAACACCUUUAACGGAGUCUCCACCCAGAUCCCGUCCGCCAUUUAUAUCUGGCUGGGGGGCGCGUUCCAGCCCUUCCAGUCCAUCACGACAUUCGGAGCGACAGAUUGGGAGAUGUUCCAGAUCGGAAGCAGGGUCUUCCUCGCCGUGGCCAACGGGCAGAAACUAUACCGAAAAGGGCCAAGCGUCUACAACCUCAACUCCACGAUCUACGAGCUGAACAUGGCCACCAGGUCUUUCCUCCCCUUUCAGGACAUCGUGACCUACAGUGCAGUGGACUGGGAGUUCUUCACGCUGGGCGAUGAAAAGUUUCUUGUGGUGGCCAAUUCCUACGAUGGGACGUCCUACUCUUUAAACAGUGUUAUUUACAGGUGGCAGGGGUACGAGGGCUUCGUUCCUGUCCACCGCCUGCCCACCAUCGGGUGCAAGGACUGGGAGUUCUUCACCUGCGCGGACGGCUCCUACCUGCUCUACUCCAGCGCCACAGAGCCGCUCGCCAAGGUCCUGAGGCUGAAGACCUUGUGGCAGGUGUGACAGGUGUGGCAGGUGGGACAGGUGUGGCUGGUGUGGAAGGUGUGAUGGGCAUUUCUCAGACUGAUCUCCUGCAUGCAAUGGUGGCAGAAAGGAGACACAAGACUGAGUAGGCCCAGAGACCUCACCAGAGAUUCGAAGUUGCUCCUGCUUUGACUGCACGGGAGCAGCUGAACCUGGAACAGGGGACUGACUCACCUUUUAGAGUCCGGCCUGGACACCCUGCUGCCGAUGUCACAAUCACUACUGCCUGCUGAGUUCUAGAACACGGACUUCCCAAAAGCCUGCUCUUCAAAGGGUUACACAUGCGGAGGUUCUUUUGCAGCUUAAGAACAGCGGCAACGUUUAAUCUGCAGCUGAAUUUUACAUCUGCCAUGAACCCAGGGAUGGAUCCAGAGGAGAGGGCAGCCGGGCGGGAGGCGUGUCUUCAAAUGUACAUCCUGAUGGAGAAUCUUUGUAGAUCCUUCACACACUAAUGGAUUAAAUGUGAUUUCAUUGUUCUGAGUGAAACUGAGAUGUGUAUGU